GGCAGCGCGCGUUCCGAAAUUCGAGCUUCUCGAGUUAUCGCUCUUACCGCUUCACCUUCUUCGCUUUAUCCAUUUUUUGAGAACAACCUUUCGUCACUCACUUACUUCCGGCCAUGGCUUUCCUCUCCACCUUCAUCGCCGUCAAACCGUCGCUCCUCGUCGUCAAACCCUCCCCCACCACCUCCUCCUCCUCCUCCUCCCUCAAGCAUCUCAAUCAACUCCCUCUCCCUGAUUUGCGCUUCCCCCGCACUGUUACCUUCGCUUUCGCUUCCAACCAGGCCACUGCCCCCCGCCGGGAGCCCCGUGGCAUCACGAAGCCCAGGAAGAUUUCACCGGAGUUGCAAGCACUUGUCGGCGCUCCUGAGAUUUCCCGCACCCAAGCUCUUAAGGUCAUUUGGGCUUACAUUAAAGAAAAUAAUCUUCAGAAACCAAGCGACAAGAAAGUCAUAGUUUGCGAUGAGAAACUGAAGAACAUAUUUGGAGGGAAAGAUGAGGUUGGAUUUCUGGAGAUUGCAGGUUUAAUAAGUCCACACUUUCUAUAAUUAUUCGAAGUAUGGAAGAUAGACAUAAUGGACCUUCUUUUGAGUCCAUGAAGAUGAACUUUUUUUUUUCCUUUUGUUGUGGGAGGCUCUCAACUCAAGUAUUGCUCACUGAAUCCUGUAGUUCAGAGCCCACAUCUUAUGAUUAGUAGUUAAAUAGAGAGAAAGAAAGCUUUUGUAAGAACUAUGAUUGGUGGUUUUAUGUAGAGAUUGUUAUAUGGAAAUCUCUUUUAAUUA